UGAAACAGACUUUCAGACCAUUAAGGAGAGAGCGGAGAGAGAGAAGGACACCACCAGUGACAUGCCCUCCCACAAGACAAACUCCACCAGCACCACCCUCACCCCUACCCUCCCCACCCAAAAAGGCACAUCCAGCACCUCUCUUCCCACCAUAGUGGAGGACACGCACCAGGAGGAGAGCAACCCCCUCAGUGCAGAGCAGGCUCAGGCCCUCCUCACCAUCAUGGCUGCCAUGAGGGAUGAGUUCACCAAACUGGAGGGGGAGGUGGUCCUGCUCAGGGAGAGCGUGCGCAAACAGCAACCAGACAACCACACCUCAGAGGAGCUCCUAACCAAGGGAGACAGUCCCCAUCCUUGCCAAGACUCUCAAGAACGUCGCUUUAAACCGCAGCCCGACCUCUCCACCCAGGGACAGCGGAGCAAUCUCCACCCCGCCGAGAUCACCGAGACAACACCCCGGACCAGCACCCUGGAACCCCCAGCCACGACCACAGCACCACCAACCUCAAUGCCCACCACUGCCAGCGCAGCACAGACCACCCCACCCCCCUGCCCCCACCGCAGACCCACACUUGGAGGAGCCACAGCCCAGCAGGCAGAGCUACGCACAGGCU